UGUUCUUACCGGGAGACGAAAAGGAAAUGUCUGAUGCAACAUCCAGAGCAACAAAAUUUUUGCCACACCCUGCUUCAACCUCUGUUGACUGUUAACUGACACUAACAAUGUCUGCUUCCAACGCUCUCAGAUCAUCCAAACUGGUCUCAUGGAAACCCACCGGGACGCUUCAAAAAACCCUAGCUGGUUCCGUUGAGCGGCGCGGCAAGGCUCUGCACUCGGGGAAGGUUUCGACGGUGAGGCUGUGCCCCGAACGCGCUUCCCGAGGCAGGUACUUCGAUUUUCGCUCCAACUCCAUUCCCGCCUCCGUUGAGUUCGCGCAGGUCUCGCCUCUCUGCACCACUCUCUGCAAAGACGGGUUCCGAGUUCGAACCGUGGAGCACUUGCUUUCGGCCUUGGAGGCUGCGGGUGUUGAUAAUUGCAGGAUUGAGAUUGAGGAUUUUGAUGCUCAAGAACACGAUGUCGAGAUUCCUAUAUUUGAUGGGUCAGCAAGGGAAUGGGUGGCAGCAGUGGAAGAAGUUGGUUUAAAGGUGGCAACUGAUCCUGAGGGCAAAAACGUUGAGAAAAUGGCACCACAUGUGAAUGAACCAGUGUAUGCUUAUAGAAAUGAUUCUUUUCUCGCUGCAUUUCCUUCAGAAGUGGUUCGAAUAACUUAUGGCAUCAACUUUCCACAGGCACCUGUUAUUGGCUGUCAGUGGUUUUCUACACCCCCCUUGGAUAAUUUGGUAUAUUCCAUGCAUAUAGCUUUGUCAAGAACCUUCUGCAUUUAUGAGGAGGUUGAGCAAAUGCGCAAUGCUGGACUUAUCAAAGGAGGUUCUCUAGAAAAUGCCAUUGUGUGUAGUGCCAGUAAAGGUUGGUUGAAUCCACCUUUGCAUUUCAGUGAUGAACCAUGUCGCCACAAGAUCUUAGACCUUAUUGGUGAUCUCUCGCUGUUUGCUCAGUUUGGGAAUCAAGGACUCCCAGUGGCACAUAUCGUAGCAUACAAGGGUGGCCAUGCAUUGCAUGCUGAUUUGGCGCGCCGGCUGAUGGGAAUGAUUUGAAAAGCUAACAUGUUGCCACUGAUUGAUAAAAUGCUUUUGGAGUUGUGGGUGACUUCGUUGAAGACUUGAAGUAGUUGGUGCAACCAAGGUAGACAAAGAAAUGCCGAAAUGCGUAAAUGUUUUGUAUCAUUAUUCUGUCUCAUUAUUUCUGUCGUCAACUUUGUAAUGAAACCAUCCAAGCAAACAACUUUGUAUGAGAAAGCCAUUCAAUUUCCAAUCAUUUCAAAAUUUACACGGGAAA